AUGCUAACUGCCACUCACUUAUUUGUGGUUGCUGUAGCAUUGCGAAUCGGCUUCUUCUCGUUCGGUCUUUACCAAGAUGCCUACUUGCCUGUGAAGUAUACUGACAUCGAUUAUCUCGUGUUUUCAGAUGCUGCAGAGUACGUAUCCAAAGGAUUGUCACCAUACUUGAGAGAAACUUACAGAUACACGCCGCUCUUGGCGUGGAUGUUGGUCCCGAACUCACAACCUUACCUCUACAGCUUUGGUAAGUUCGUCUUUAUGAUCAGUGAUCUCAUCACUGGUGUUGUGAUAUUGAAAUUACUACAAAGACAACAACAACAAGGUGGUUUAUCGGCCAGAAAAGCUCUAAUCCUUUCCUCAAUCUGGUUAUUGAAUCCAAUGGUUAUAACCAUAAGCACACGAGGCUCGUCCGAAAGCGUUUUGACCGUGCUAAUAAUGCUUUCAUUCUACUUCCUCAGGGUAUCCAAUUUGUUGUCUGCGGUGUUCCUUGGAUUGGCUAUUCACUUUAAGAUUUACCCUAUCAUAUACCUCCCUAGUAUAAUGCUUUUCUUAAGUAAAGAGAGUAAGCCUUUCAUCAACGGUAUACCAAUAGUCAACUGGGUCAAUUGGACAAACUUACGGUUCCUUCUAGUUACAUUGAUCACAGUUGCAGUAUUGAACGGACUAAUGUACUUGAUCUAUGGUUACGAAUUCUUAUUCCACUCAUACUUGUAUCAUUUGACCAGAGUGGACCAUAGACACAACUUUUCAGUGUACAACGUCGCCAUGUAUUUCCAAUCUGCCCUUCCUCCGUCAUCAAAUAACUCCAACCAAUAUUCAGUAUGGGGUUUACUCAGCGUGGUCAUUGAUAACCUUGAAAAGUUUGCAUUUGUUCCACAGUUUGCUUUCUCCACUAUCAUUAUCCCGCUUCUCUUUGCCAGGGAGGAUUUAUUAUCAUGUGUAUUCUUCCAAACAUUUGCGUUUGUCAUUUUCAAUAAAGUGAUGACCUCCCAAUAUUUCAUCUGGUUUUUGAUCUUUUUACCGCAUUACUUAUCAAAGUCAAGGUUAUUGUCAAAUAGGAAGAACUGGCUCUUGGGAGGAACCACUCUUCUACUUUGGGUUGUGUCUCAAGCGUCCUGGCUAUUUUUUGCGUAUAAAUUAGAAUUUUUAGGCGAAAGUACCUUUAAUUACGAAUUGUUUACCGCUUCGUCAUUCUUUUUCUUAACAAACUGCUGGAUAUUGGGUGUUUUCAUGGAAAACAUCUAG